AUGGACCCCGCCGCGGCGGAAGCGGCGGCUGCUGCUGCUCAAGCAGCUAUGCAAUCAUUCACAAUAGAGGCGUGGACCCUCUUGAUAGUCGGCAUUCUUUUUACCAUGUUAAGGACCUACGCUAGGGUCAGGUCUGUAGGCUUCAAAGGUCUUCAAGCGGAUGACUAUCUUGUUUGGAUCGGUGCGAUAUUCUAUGCCAUUGAGACUGCGCUGGCGCAUUCUGUCGGGGCUGUCGCGAAGGGUAUGGCGAAUAAUGCCAUGACGGAUGAGCAACGAGCAGCUCUAUCCCCAGACAGCGAGGAGUAUCAACUGAGGGUGGUCGGCUCCAUUAUUCAGCUAUGUGGAUGGUCAAGUUACUCGGUCUUAUUGUGGUCGCUCAAGGCAUCACUGCUGGUGUUCUAUUUACGGUUGACUGCCGGCCUGGGUCGUGGCUACCAGCUUCGCAUCUACUUUGGUUUCGGGUUUCUAAUCAUCAGUUGGAUCGUCGUCAUCAUGAAUCUCUUCCUCGCUUGUCGCCCCUUUCACAAGAACUGGCAGAUCAAUCCUGACCCUGGGAAUGUUUGCCAACCGGCCAUUUCCAACCAAGUUGUUUGGGUUUACUUGGCGUUCAAUGUGUCUACGGAUCUUUACCUCUUGUCUAUCCCUUUGCCGAUGCUGUGGCAAGCAAGACUCAAACCUAUCAAGAAAUGGGGUUUGCUGUUUCUCUUUAGCGGUGGACUGUUUGUUGUUGUCUGCGCAACCCUGCGUUGUAUCUUGAUUGUCACAGACCCUCAGAACGGUGCACAGCUCGCCGGAUCAUGGGCUGUUCGUGAGACAUUCGUCGCCGUUAUCACCGCCAACCUGCCUAUGGUGUUCUCGAUCAUCAAGUUAUGGCUGGGGCCCGUCUUCGGCUCUCUUCUUACUUCGCUCCGAUCAUCCCAAAAGCUUACCGAUGCGACACCGAAAGAAAUACGCACUUUCGGGGCCGGUAGCAACCAAAGCUGGCGGGGUCGCGGACCCCCUUCAGCAUAUCCAAUCACCAAUAUCACCUUCAACGAGAGUGAAGAGCGCAUGGUGAACGAGUACAAGAUGCAAGACGUCAAGACCUGGGGUGAUCACCAUGCCGAUAGUACUAGCGGAACCACGAGAUCAAACAGCGUCCGAAGAAGUCACAGCAAUCGGCGGAAGAAUACUGAUAUCCGAAAGGAUGUAGAAGUCGCCAUCACUACAGAGUACAUGCCGCCGGCGAAAGACGCUGAGGGCAUUGUCAAGGCUCUGUCGCCAAGAACCUUCACCUUUGCCAGAGGGCCGAAGAGACAAUCUGUGAAUAAUCCUGGCAAUCAGAUAUGA